AUGGCAGCAUGCGAGGCAGAGCCCAUGCGCGAUGGCCGCAUCGUGGAUGGCAAGAUCGAUCUGUCCACGGGCCUGUGGGACACAAGCUUGGAAAUGCCUCCUCGCCAGGAUGCCUCGGACGUGGAUGCCCGCGAUGCGAACACCCCCGACAAGUGGAUCAAGCGGCACCCGGCAAUGCUUCGCAACACGGGGAUGCACCCCUUCAAUUCGGAGCCGCCCCUGAAGCAGCUCCAGGAAGCUGGUUGGAUCACCCCGCCCUCGCUCUACGUUGUCCGCAACCAUGGUGCCGUGCCGCAGCUCACAUGGGCCGAGCACAAGCUGAAGAUCACGGGAGUUCCGAAGCCGUGCGAGCUGAGCAUGGAUCAGCUGGCCUCUGGGGAGUGGGGCAACGUGGUGUCAAUCCCCGUGACCUUCAUUUGCGCAGGCAACCGUCGCAAGGAGCAGAACAUGACCAAGAAAACUGUUGGCUUCGACUGGGGUGCCGGUGCUGUGGGCAACUCCGUGUGGACAGGCGUGCGACUGUGUGAUCUUCUGAGGCACCUGGGCAUCACAAGGCCCUCCAAAGAGCAGCGUUUUGUGCACUUCGAGGGUCCCCUGGGCGAGCUGCCGCAGGGUAAGACGGGCUCCUAUGGCACCUCCAUUGACAUCGGUUGGGCCUUAGACCGCGAGCGUGACGUGCUCCUCGCCUUCAAGCAGAACGGCGAGCUCCUCACCCCGGACCAUGGGGCUCCCCUCCGCACGCUACUCCCAGGGUGCAUCGGCGGGCGAAUGAUCAAGUGGCUCACCGCCAUGUGGGUGUCUGACCAGCCGUCUGAGAACCACUACCACUACUUUGACAAUCGCGUGCUGCCGCCCCACGUGGACGCUGACUUGGCCUAUGCGGAAGGCUGGUGGUACAAGCCUGAGUACAUCAUCAACCACAUGAACAUCAACUCUGCCAUGUUCGAGCCGCGCCACAACUCCUACGUGCACAUGGCCCAGACGGACAGGCCAGCCACCAUCAAGGUUUGUGGAUACGCUUAUACGGGCGGCGGUAACAAGAUCAUCCGUGCGGAGAUCUCCCUGGAUUCCGGGAAGUCGUGGGAGAUCACGGACCUGACCCGUCCAGAGGACGACAUCGCUGCGGCACGUGGGACGGACAAGCACUGGUGCUGGUCCUGGUGGGAGACAGAAGUGGACCUGGGGCGCCUGGGGCAAGCUGAAGAAAUCUGCUGCCGCGCCUUUGACUCGAACCAAAACAGUCAGCCGGUCCAGUUGACAUGGACUGUCAUGGGCAUGCUGAACAACCCCAUCUACAGGAUCAAGAUCCACCGCGAGGCGGAUGCAGAGGGCCGGGACAUGAUCUGGUUCGAGCACCCGACUCAAGGUUCCAUGCCCGGAGGCUGGAUGACAGAUGCUGCCGGCAAGUUCGACGGGGCCUUCGCGGCCCCAGCGACGCCCGGCAAGAACGGCGUCCCUCCCCAUCGGCCAGUCGCAGCUGUGUGGAAGGGUGCCCGCGAGGAGGCCGUGGGUACCGGGGGCGCCAAGAAGAGCGAGAGCGCUGCAGCGCCCGCUGAGGCCGGGAAGUUCGUGAAGUCCACCGCGGAGUGGUUGACCCAGGGCAUCUCCAUGGACGAGGUGAAGAAGCACAAUGAUGAGCAUUCCUGCUGGUUUGUGGUCAAGGGCAAGGUCUACGACGGCACGUCCUACUUGGAGGACCACCCCGGUGGUGCUUCCUCCAUGCUUCUGGCUGCAGGCAUGGAAGCCACGGAGGAUUUCGAGGCAGUACACUCAUCCCGCGCCUGGGACAUGCUGAAGGACUACUACAUGGGGCCCUUGAGGGAGGAGAGUACCAGCAGUGGCCUGGGCAGCAUGGUGGCCAGCAUCCCUGGUGCAGUGUACGGCUUUGGGCAGACGGUCUUCAGCUCCUGCGCGCUGCGCUCCACCCUUGGGGCCAUCCAGAAUGCUAUCGUCCCACAGGUCUUCCUGAACCCAAAGGAGUCGCAGCACCUUGUGCUCAGUGAGAAGAUCGUGGUUUCCCACGACACACGCAUCUUCCGCUUCGCCCUGCCAUCUCCCUCCAUGCGCCUCGGCCUCCCAACGGGCAUGCACAUGAUCCUCAAGGCGAAGGUGAAUGGCAAGCCUGUGAUGAGGGCCUACACACCCAUGACGGAUGACAGCACUGUGGGCCAUGUGGAUCUGCUGGUGAAAGUCUACUUCAAGGGUGUGCACCCGAAGUUCCCGGAGGGCGGCAUGAUGUCGCAGCACCUGGACUCUAUGAAGAUUGGCGACGCCAUCGAGGUGAAGGGUCCUGUUGGCGAGUUUGUCUACCAAGGUCAUGGCAGCUUCACGUGGCACGGCAAGCCGCGUUGGUGCAAGCAGAUCUCCAUGAUUGCGGGUGGCACAGGCCUCACUCCUUGCUACCAGGUCCUAGCUGCCAUCCUGCGCGACCCCACUGACACGACCCAGGUCCGGCUCCUCUGCGCCAACAAGUCGCCCCAAGACAUCCUUGCCCGUGAAACCCUGGAGAAGCUCGCCGCUGAGAACCCAGACCGGUUCACGCUGAGCUUCACCGUAGAUGACAUCGGUGAGGAGACGACGUGGAAGGGGCAUGUGGGUUUUGUCACCCCGACCAUGACAAAGGCGACGCUCUUCAAGGCAGAGGAAGGCACGAUCUGUGCCAUGUGUGGCCCGCCCGUGAUGUUGGAGAAGGCCUGCCACCCGGCACUCAAGGAGCUGGGCUACCGCACAACCGACAUUUUCGAGUUCUAA